AUUAAAUUUAUUGUUUUAAAUAUAGAUGAAUCAACAAACUGCUGACGAACUAUUCGCUAUGGGAAGCCCAGAAGUUUCUAUGGUCGAAGACCAAGCAGCUAGCUCUUUACUUCAAAAAUCUAUGUACCAACGCGAAGAAAAACUUUACGCCCAAGCUCGACACGUCGAGCAAAUGCACAGGCCGCACCAGAUAAAAACUCCCGCAGGAAUGGAGCCGAUAAUUCAACAAACUUACAGCGAAAAAUGGGUGGAAAGAGACGACGUGGCAGAACGGGUGGUGAAAAGCUUAUCUGUGACUGAUGUGGAUGAAGGCUCCGGACGUGGCACAAGAAUUACCAUUAGCGAGCAACAAUUGGAUCCAGAUUAUGGACUAUCAUCAGAUGGUAGAGAUGUGAUUUCAUUAAAAGAAACUGUAUCAGUAACUCCGUCCUAUACAACCACGGUUAAGCGCGUCGUUCAUGAAGUAACUUCGCCAAAAAUACAGAUGGAUCCAGCUGAAUUAUCCCAGUUGGUCGAAGAAGAGAUCCUAGAUAUUGAAAAUACUUUGAAAAUUGUGCCUCCUGAUUUAGUGUUACAAGAGGAUCGAUAUGCUGUGAAGAGACGCUUACAGAAACUCAGAUUAAAUGCGGAAUCAAUAAUGUUAUUAGAAGAGUCUGUAGUAAAUCCAACUCCAACAGCAGACGAUGCCAUGACAGAAACACCACCAGAAGCAUUAGCAACUAUAAUGCAUACAAUCGAGAGUGGAGUUUCUCCAGACUGCGCUCCCGAUCAAAUGUUUCACAGCUUAUUUGAAGAAAAAGCAACUGAACAAUCUGUGAUUUUGAGUUCUGUUGGUCCCGGUCCAUUGCAAGACGUGAUAGUUCCUCAAGUUUUAAGCAAGGAAAUUCACAAAGAGUCAAUGACACCCAAUCUUACUGGUCUUACUAAUAUUUAUAAAAAUGUUACCGAUGCUAAAGAUUGGCCCCCAGUGGAUAUUUUCGAUUCUGUUAUGGAUGCAGCUGCUAAAUCGCCCAACAAAGAACGAAAAACGAGACCUUUUAAGGCUUUGGAAGACGAAGAAAUGCCGUGGAAUGAUGAAGAUCUUGAACCGUUAGUUAACAUUGUCGGUGCUGAACCAGCUGUGGUUUUGGAUCAAACUAAGAUCGAGGACAUAGAAAACUUGGAAAAAACGCUUGCCCAAGGGAUCGAGUAUUUUGUGGACGCUGAUCCUGUUCAGUACAUGUCGAGAGUUCAAUUAAGAGGAACCCAACCUCCGCCGUGGUUUCCAGGAUACAUUUAUGCUCUGCCCGAAUUCCCCGAUGUUGUUAAAUUGGCACGGAACCCCGAUGAAGUGUUUAUUGCUGGCUGGCGUUCUUGUCAACCAAGAAUUAUACCCGAACAUUCCUUUUCUAUUUUGCGAUAA